CCGCUUCCACCUCCAAGCUCUCAAUCACAAUCCAUCGCCUCGCUUCUCAACAGGCUUCUUCCUCUUCUUGAAGCGGCGGAGACCGGAGCCUACGCGGGGGCUUCGCGGCAGGAGCUGGCUAACCAUCAGCAGCCCCACGCGGCGGCGCCGGCGCCGCACGACACGGACGCGGAGCUGGCCGGCGGUGGGGAGACGGAGGAGCAGCGCGGCAAGUUCCUCGUGCUGCGCCUCUACGAGGCGCUCAACGCCCGCGACGCGCGCCGGGCGCAGGACCUGCUGGCCCCGGACCUCGAGUGGUGGUUCCAUGGCCCGCCCGCGCACCAGCACAUGAUGCGCCUCCUCACCGGCGCCGGCACCAACGACGAGUUCAGGUUCUGCCCUCGCUCCGUCGACGCCUUCGGCUCCACCGUCGUCGCCGAGGGGAGCGCCGACGGCGCCGGCCAGCUCCUCUACUGGGUGCACGCCUGGACCGUCGGGCCCGAUGGGGUGAUCACCCAGCUCAGGGAGUACUUCAACACCGACCUCACCGUCACACGCCUCUCCGCCGCGGCGGCCACCAAGAACGCCAGCGCGAGCUCUCCUACCCACUCCUCAUCUUCUUCUACCUCUUCCUCCCCCUCCUCGUCUACGUCCUCGGGCCUCUCCUCGCCGGCGCACACACCCAAGUGGCCCAAGUGCUUGUGGCAGAGCCGCCGCACCGACCGCGCGCGCAAGUCGCUGCCGGGCCUCGUCCUCGCCAUCUAAGAACAGAGCCUACCAUUGAGUAAGCUGCAAGUUAAGGUCUUGGCGUAUGGGCUGCUGAACUCAACUGCCUGCGACCUGCGUGCGAGUAGAGUAAUCAGGGAUCCCACACUUCCACCACAACCACUAUCGCUUUGCGUGCUUGAUUACCAGUGUGAUUUAUUUGGUCUAAAUCAUGGAUUAUGAUGUGUACUACUACUGCGGCAAUGGCUUGCUAUUGCGGCUGAAUAAAAGUAUAAUGUAUUGGACCCUUAA